AUGGCCGACCUCAACUACCAGGACUGGUCCAAGGACCGCCUCCUCGAGCGUAUCAAGGAGCUAGAACAGCAACUCGAAGCCCAAGCAAAGCCCGACCCCAACCCCAACCCACCAUCAUCUACAACGACAACGACAACAGCACCAUCAACCUCCGCCCCACCACCGCCGCCAGCAGCAACACAGCAACCACCCCCCCAAGCCCAAACCAAAACCAAACCCAAACCCAAACCCACUCCCCCAGCAACCAACAACACCACCACUAACCCUCCCCCAAAAAAAACCAAAAAACCCUCCAAACUCGACCCCACCCGCUACUCCACGCGCCUCAUCGCCCUCAAGCUAGCCUACCUCGGCAAGCGCUACGGCGGCUUCGAGUACCAGGCGGGCGUGUCGGUGUCGACGGUCGAGGAGGAGCUGUGGCGGGCGCUGGCCAAGAGCUGUCUGAUCUGGCCCGACGACCCGUCCCGCGUGGACUUCGCCCCCUGGGAGUAUUCCAAGUGCGGGCGCACGGAUAAGGGGGCGGGGGUGGAGGUUGAGAGGGGGAGGGGGAGGGGAGAGGAGGAUGGCAAGCGUGCGUGGGAUCCGGUCGCGGAUGAGAUUAAUUACCCACGGAUCCUGAACAGACUGCUGCCGCCGGAUAUCAGGGUGCUCGCGUGGGCGCCGACGCUGCCGGAGGAUUUCUCGGCGCGGUUUUCGUGCCGGGAGCGGCAGUACCGGUAUUUCUUUACCCAGCCCGCUUUCGCACCGCUCCCUAUCUCGGUGGACCCGGAGAGGAAGAAGGGGAGUGAGGGGUGGCUUGAUAUUGACGCUAUGCGGAAAGCGGCCAAGCUGUUCGAGGGUGUUCAUGACUUCAGAAACUUCUGCAAGGUCGACGGGGUCAAGCAGAUCUCGAAUUUCAAGCGGAGGAUGUUUGAGGCGGAUGUUGUCGAGGUGGAGGACGCGGGUUCGGCGCUACCGUACCUGGCUCAGCAGGGCUUCAAGCCGGAGAGUUUGGUCGGCGGGACCACGUAUCCCAAGGUGUACUACUUCCACGUCCGCGGUUCCGCCUUCCUGUGGCACCAGAUCCGGCACAUGGUCGCCAUCCUAUUCCUUGUUGGACAGGGACUCGAAAAGCCGUCGAUAGUAACCGACCUACUGGACGUCGAGAAGAAUCCGCGCAAGCCGAAUUACGCCAUGGCCGAGGAAGUGCCGCUGGUGCUGUGGGACUGCAUCUUCCCCAAGGUCGACAAUGCCGAGCAGGCGGCGCUCGACGUGCACGAUCCCGACGCGGAGGGCAACACCAGCAUGAAGGACGCCAUCGACUGGGUCUGGCUGGGCGAGGACAAACCAUCGUACCUGCACGGACCGGGCGGACUGGUAGACAGCAUGUGGGCGUGCUGGCGCGAGCGCAGAAUGGACGAGCUGCUGGCGAACCGACUGCUAGACGCGGUGGCGCGUAAACCCGACCUCAGCCGGAGGCUGGCCGAGUCGGGCCCGCCGGAGAAACCGAGCAGCAGCCAGCGGGUGUACGAGGGCGGCGACUCAGCCAGGGCGUCAGGGACGUACGUCCCCGUGCUCAAGAAGCGCCUGCUGGCGUCGCCGGAGGAGGUCAACGACAAGUGGGCCCAGAGAAAGGGGUUCGCCAGCGCGGAGGAACUGUCCAAGACCAAGAACUGGGCGUAG